UUCCAAGUCUUAGCACUCCUCCCUCUAUAUAUAUACGGCCCACUCAGUCUCCCCUCUCAUUUCCCAUUCAUCACUCCAAACCAAAGAGAGAUGCAGAGCUUGAAAGGAGAAGUGGAGCUGAACAUGGGAGCCCAGAGAGCGUGGGAGAUGUACAGAGACAACGACGUCAUCAGCAACAUCAACCCUCAGAUGCUUUCCCUUGCCAAGUACAUCCAAGGCGACGGCAGCCCAGGCAGCCUCAGGCUCUUCCAGCUCGGACCUGCUGUGCAGAGCUACGUGAAGGAAUCGACGGAGAAGAUAGAGAAGGUGGAACCCGGCCGCUCCGUGACGUACAGGGUCAUCGGCGGCGACCUGAGGGACAAGUACGAUCCAUACAGGGUCACCUUCUCCUUCAUCCCUCUCAAAGGGCACGAGUCCCACAAAUGCAUUGCUGAGUGGAAGGUCGAGUUCGAGCCACUCUCACCUUCAACCCCUCCCCCGGAACAGGCCAGAGAUGCGGCUCUGGGCUUCCUCAGGUCAUUUGACAAGUUUGAACUCUCCUCCUACUAGCACCACCACUGUCUGUCUGUCAACCAACAUGGCCUCACAGACAUCCUCAAAUAAACAAUAAUCUUCUGUAUCGGGUGUUGUAAUUAUCAAGAAUUGUUGUUUUGGUGGUGAUGGUGGUAAAUGAAAUAACUUGCCGCUCUUCUUUGCCUCUC